UUGAAGGUGGACCUUAUGUCUACUGCUACGGAUUCAUCCGUCUGCCAACUGCACCCAUACACAAAAUAUCGAGAAAGCCACUUUUGCUUUCAGGGCGAGGCGAAAGCAUAGAUUUAUAGGAGAUAAAAUAUCGAGAAAUCCACCUUUGCUUUCGGGGCGAGGUGAAAGCAUAGAAUUUAGGUGGAAUAAAUAAUAGGGUCUUCAACAAUUUGCAGAGCCAGAGGAACCCUUCACUCUCUUCCUUAUCGUUUCCCGUCACUCUCUUAGUUAUUCUUUCCUCUACCAUUUUUUAGGGUUUCUCUUCUCUUCGAUAAUGAAGACCACAAAGGGGGGAAAGGUUAUGAAUCCAACCGAUGCAUAUCGGAAAGAACUCAGGAAGAAGGAGUUGAAAAGGAAUAAGAAGGAAAGAAAGAAAGUUCGUGAGGUUGGAAUUCUUAAGAAAGACCCUGAAACCCUGAAGGAACAAAUAGAAAAGUUAGAAAUGAUGAAAGCAGAUGGUGCUUUAGAUAAGGCAAGAAAACACAAGAAAAGGCAGCUUGAGGACACACUAAACCUUGUUUUGAAGAAGAGAAAGGAGUAUGAAGAGAAAAUGCGCGACAAAGGCGAGACACCUGUGAUGUUCAGCCACUUAGGACCUCCUCGGAGACGGACAACUGCAGAAGAAGAGGAGAGAGUGAAACAUCCUAAACCAGAGGAUUCUGUUUACUAUCACCCCACUCUCAAUCCUACGGGUGCCCCCCCUCCUGGAAAACCACCUAUGUACAAAUCAUCAAUAGGACCCAGGAUUCCCCUAUCAGGUUCAGCAGCAUCCUCAUCAAAAAUGGAUCCAGAAGAAGUACCUUUGGUUGUCCCCCCUCCACCACCUCUACCACCACCACCAGUACCAGAUGCUGGUGAAUUGGCUUCUACAGAUGAUUCUUCGUUACCUUCUUCUCUACCUCUACCUCCACCACCUCCAGCUCCUCCAAAACCACCUGCUGCAGAUCCAAGCUUGUCACUGCCUUCUGCAUCAAUGCCUCUGCUGCCUCCUGGGCCUCUACCCAAAGACACUGUCACUCUGCAAAGUUCAAUGCUUCCACCUCCACCACCUCCCAGACCUCCUCAGCCUCCAACUUCAGGUAUUACAGGAAAUGAGAGGGAGAAGAGUCAGAACUCCACAUCUGAUGCGCAGAUUCCAAAAGACUCUGAUCGGACCAUGGCCAUACCUCCUCCACCAGGACUCCCGCCAAUGUUAGUAAAAGCCCAAUCAGAAGGUGAAUCUGCUGAUGUUGAAGUGACUUUUACUAAGGACACGAAAGAUACUUUGAAGAAGAUUCCACCCCCACCACCUCCACGCCCACCAUUGCUGCAGAGGCCCCCUUCACUUCCUCCUAUGCAGACUGAUGUCAUGCCACCUGGUGUUUCUCGCUUCCUGCCUCCCCCUCCGCCACCAAUACCAUCUGAUAUGAGGGCCCCUCUUCCUGGCCCUGCUAUCCUGGCCAAUCGACCACCCAUUCCUAUCGGACUGGCACCCCCACCAAUUCCAAGGCCUCCAUUUGGUCCACCACCUGUGCCUUCUGCUAUGUUUAGACCUCCACCUCCAGGCAUGGCCCCUCCUUUAGAAGAUGACCAAGGGGCACCCAAACAUCUGUUGCCACAAAAACCAUCAUAUGUUAAAUCUGCGGCUUCGACAGUUGUCAAGAGGCCACUUGCACAGCAUACACCAGAACUUACAGCCAUGGUUCCAGCAUCUGUACGCGUAAGAAGGGAGAGUGCUGUUCAGAAAGCAAAGCCCAAGUCACAGCCGGCUGCACCUCCACAUUCAUUGGUUCCUACUGCCAUUGGUAAAUCAGAGCCUCUCACACAGUCAGGACCCAAGCCACAAAGUAUCGAUGACUCCUAUAUGGUAUUUUUGGAGGACAUGAAGGCACUAGGUGCUCUCGAUAGCUGAGCUGCAGCCUUUGGAGAUAUGUACAGGUCCUGCUUAAGGUGCAGCGUGCUUCAUUUUGUAACGUUAAUUGUCAACGAAUAUCUGGCAUUGUUGUCUUGCCAGGGUUGUUUUCUUUGCAUCCCAGAGGACGUUCAUGCAUUUUCUGAAUCAUGCGUUUUCUGAAAUUGAUUUAUUUUCGUAGUUGCAUGUAUCGGAUUCGGGAAAUAUUUGGGACUUCUGUUAAUUGGAAAUGAUUUAGGAGUAAAUUCAUAUUUGACAGAUUUAGGAGAUAUUCCACAUCAUACUUGACAUGUUUAUUAGCUACAAAAUUAUGGAGUUGUUUGUCGUGGAUGUAU